CGGCACAGCCCUGGUUCCCGCAUCCUCGUGCUUGGUCACCUAAAAAGCAUAUAGAUGCUUAGCUCCUGCAGUCUUGGCUGGUGAGAUAUGGCUACCUAGCCUUUUCUCAUGCAGGGUGACACACAAAACCCAAGAAGAUGACGAUGAAAACAGCGCGUGCCUCUCCCCGCCCACAGCUGAAGCAGGUUGCGUAACUCUGUCAUUUGCUGCUGUGCGCUUCUCAUCUCCAUCACAGGAGCGCGGACAGGAUGGAGGCCCUGUUAAAUGAGUGGCUUUGGCAGGAAGAGUACUGGCUUCCUCCUGGCAUCCGCUGGCAGGACAUUGAGAUGAAGGAAGACGAGGGUCGUUUCCCUCUACCCAGGGAUCUCAUCUACACCUUGCCACUGGCCUUUGCCUUUAUAGCCCUCAGAAUUGUCUUUGAGAGGCUCAUCGCCGUUCCAUUAAGCAAACAUUUUAACGUGAAGGACCGGAUUAGGAUUCAAGCCGCUUCCAUCCCAAAGCUGGAGACCUUCUACAAACAGAACAGUGGGCAACCAUUGCAAAGUGAGUUGGUGAGCUUGAGUAAGCAGUGUGGACUUUCCCAGAGAAAGAUCCAGACCUGGUUCAGACAUAGAAGGCACCAGGACCGACCCAGCAACACCAAAAAGUUCUGCGAGGCCUCCUGGCGUUUUGUCUUCUACCUUGCGUCGUUCACUGCAGGGCUCGGCUCUUUAAUUAAUACUUCGUGGUUCUGGGAUCACAGAGAGUGUUGGAGGGGUUAUCCCAAGCAGCCCGUGGCCGAGACUCAUUACUGGUAUUACAUGUUGGAAAUGGGCUUCUAUUUGUCGCUGCUUCUGUGCGUCUCUGUGGACAUCAAGCGAAAAGACUUCAAGGAGCAGGUCAUUCAUCACAUCGCCACCAUAUUCCUCAUCGGUUUCUCCUACUGUGCCAACUACGUGAGGGUUGGCACGCUGGUGAUGCUGGUGCACGAUUCUUCCGACUUUCUCCUCGAGUCUGCCAAGAUGCUUCACUAUGCUGGCUGGACGAAGACGUGCGACUCGCUGUUUGUCAUCUUCUCUCUGGUCUUCUUGGUGACGAGGCUGGUGGUGUUUCCAUGCAGAGUGAUCCACACAACCUUGGUGGUGUCUGUGGAAUUCUUCCAGCCCUUCUUUGGUUAUUAUUUCUUCAAUGCCCUUCUGUUAGUGCUGCAAGCCUUGCACAUCUUCUGGGCUAAUCUCAUCCUGCGCAUGGUCUACAAAUUUGUGUUCUUGGGCAAGGUGGAGCGUGACGAACGUAGCGAUGAGGAAAGUGAGGUGGACGAUGAAGAGGAGGAGGCCGAGGAAGAAGGGGACGAGUGCAGCUGGGAGCAAAGAAAGGGUGCAAUCAACUCCAAACUGGCAUCACUGGCUAACAACUGUGUCCUGAACAACCUGACCAACCAGAGGAACAUAAACAGCAGACUGCCCAAAGCCAGAUAAUCUCCUUACACGUCAAACGAGUCUUACCAGAAGAUUGUAUUAUUUACCCUUUCUGCCUAUUGGUGAUUAACUAAUUUCUGACUUAUGAUACACACACAUGGCUUGUGUACAUCCCACGGAGUCCACUGAUGAUUUCAGACAAGGGUUGGUCUGCAUCCUGCUUAUCUUCAAAAAAAGAAGGUGAAGAUGCACAGAU